AUGAUCCUCAUGGGGAUGCCGACUCUUCCCUUGGGACCGAUACGUCACGAGAGCUCAACCGCCUCCGUUUCUGCUAGCAUUCUUGAGUACCGUCGAAGCCUGGGGCGCACAUACCACAGCGACAAGUUUACCUCGAAUUACUUUUUCCCCAACGACGAUCAACAAGUAGAGUCUAUGGACUUAACACACCAUUACUUGACGCUUCUUUUGGACAAUGAACUGUUUCUGGCCCCUGUGAAGACAGACUCUAUACAGCGAGUUCUAGAUGUGGGUACCGGAAGCGGCAUCUGGGCUAUUGAAUUUGCCGAUCGAUAUCCCAGUACAGAAGUAAUUGGCACGGAUCUCUCCCCUUGCCAACCCCAAUGGAUUCCCCCGAAUCUUCGUUUCGAAAUUGACGAUGCCACCCAGUCCUGGACAUGGAAGGAGAACUAUUUUAAUUUUAUUCAUAUCCGAUAUCUCUUUGGUGCAAUUAAAGACUGGAACAGUCUCUUUAAAGAAGCAUACCGAUGUUGUGCACCAGGAGGCUGGGUCCAGUCAGGCGAGGCCGACGUCACAUUCCGUAGUGAUGAUGGAACUACCGAGCUGGAACCUGUUUUCAAAACCUACCAGAAGCUCUUUGAAGACGGGAGCCAAAUUCUAGGCAACCCCUUCUUCGUCCACGAUUUGCAACAAAAAGCCUUUGAAGAGGCUGGCUUUACAGACAUCAAAACCGUUGAUUACAAGUUCCCUAUUGGAGGCUGGCCUAAGGAUCCAAAACUCGCCGAGGUCGGUCAGUUUGUUAAGGCAACGCUGGAGAACGACUUAGAGGGUUACACUCUUAUGAUGUGGCAAGACGUUUGCCAAUGGCCCAAAGAAGAAUACCAGGUGUUUCUCAUGAGCUUGCGCAGAGCGAUACGUAACCCCAAGGUACAUAGUUACAUGACUGUGCGUUACGUGUACGGUCGCAAGUAGGCUAGCUACGUUACGUAGUUGGCGAUCGUUACGGUGAUGCAAUAUUUCUUCUCACAGGCUAGUGGGGUUAGGAGGACAGACAACCAGCCGAAAGCAAUCUGUUAUUGGGAAAAUAGAUGGGGUACAAGCAUUGACCUUCGUAAACAAGAACGAAAUCACUGCAAUUGCAAGACUUUGACAGCUGCAGUAGGAGAGGGUAGCCUUCGCGCACUAUUGCCUACCAGGCGUCAUGCGUUCCCAAGUUCAAAACACAAACAGCUCGCUUCUCAUCCAUCCUUUGAUGAGUAGAAACAUAAUAAGUUGCUGGUACGACAGGACCAUCCUCCUGAUUACCACAAUGGAAAAGAACAGGAUGUUGAGAGUAU